GCUCCCAUACGAUAUUUGUUAUUCUUCUUCUUCUGAUCCCUCAACUUGUAACCACCCACCCUUUCUCUCAGUCUGUCUCUUUCAUAAUUCUCAAUCUCAAAUAAAAAGCACAUCUUUGUUUCUAGCUACCUAUCCGUCAAUCCACAUCUUUGUCUUCUUCUCCUAAACUGAAUGAACAUGGAUAGUGAAGUGAUGAUCAAGAGAGCAGAGAUUGACACCAGGGCACCAUUUCGCUCUGUUAAAGAAGCUGUUACGUUGUUCGGGGAGAAAGUUUUAGCUGGUGAAGUCUACGCCAAUAAGCUCAAGGAGCUGCGCGGUGAAGCAAGUGAAAAUGGAAAUGGGCAGGGUAGGCUUGGAAGUAUUACAGUUGAGCUAGAGGAGACAAAACAAAACCUCCUAAAGGCUAAAGAGGAAAGCACAAUGAUGGCCAAUUACCUCUCCUCUCUUAAACAAGAGCUUGAACGAACUAAGAGAGAGCUCCGACACAUGAAGGAUCGUGAAACCGAAAAACAAAUGAUGGAGUUUGAGAUUGAAGAUGUCAAGAUUGUUGAAGAUUCAACAAAAUUUGAAGUCAAAACUCAAACAUCUGCUGAAGAUGAAACAGAACUUCAAAAGAAGAGAUACGUGACAUUCGCAAAUCCACCUUCCCUUGCUCAAGUUAUUGUUCCACAAAGUGUACAAGUACUGGAGAGACAUCCUUCUCUGAAAAAGAAGAAGAAGCCAUUGAUCCCUUUAAUUGGAGGCAUUUUUUCCAAGAAAAAAGGCAGCCAAUAAAUUUCUACACCACUACUUCCUUCACCACGUUUCUUAACAAUACUUACUUUUUAUCUCUCUCUAUUUUUUUAUUUUUUUCGGGUAAUUGUCGUUUAAUUUCUUUGUACACUUGUAGCAGUAAAAUUUGUCUGCCAUGAGAUAAAAGAGUGUUUCUUGAGAGAGAGCUCAUGUAAUAAAAUAUAUACACAGUCUGUGUACUUUGCUUCCUUGAU